AUGGACAUCGAUCUCAACGUUCCAGCGGAUGAUGUCCCGGAAGAGCCGGUGCCGACGUGGGGAGAAUGCCCGCAGCUGUACCUCUCGUACAGCAUCGCCACUCGCAACGACCGGCUCCCGUUCCUGAAGGACGCCAUCGCCGCCGUGAAGUCGUUCACGGUGCUGUCCCCGCCGUUGGGACUCGAUUUUUUCGGGGUCUUCGACGGGAUCUUGGGCGCCAAGUUCGUGGAGCACAUGGAAGAGCGGCUGCACGUCGCCAUCGCCAAGGAGAUAGAGCGGGACCUGCGCGCCGACUCCCCGCGGGCUCGGGGCGACAUCGUGGGCUGGUGGAGGGUGAUCAUUGAGGAAGCUUUCCGCGUGGUGGACAACGAGGUGGUCGCUGGUGGCCGUGGUGGCAUCGAUGCUCCUGCGCGCGUCGCCUCCGGGGCCCUCGCCGUGCUGGUUCUAGAGGACUACUUCGUGCUCGCCAACCGCGGCGCUUCUAGGGCCGUGAUCUACCGCGGCUCUGAGGCUGUGCCGCUCACCCCUGAGCACACGCCUAUGCCACAAAAUGCAGGAGGUGAUGUGGUUGGAUCUACCAGCAGAGUUGAAGACGUUAUGCCUCCUCACGCUUUUUUUGGUAGCUCAAAGAUUAUGGCUACUGCCCCAGAACCUGAGGUCGUCGCAGUGAAGCGGAAGCCACGGGACAAGUUCCUGAUCCUGGCCACCCGCGGGCUGUGGGACUUCGUCACUCCAGGCGACGCGUGCGCCUUCGUCGAGAAAAGAUUGAGCGAGUACGUGCCGCAGAUCAUCAUGUCGUCAGGCAAGAAGCCAACAAACAGCAGCGGCCCUCCCUGUGCCAACAUACUCGCCAAUGAGUUGGCCGCACAUGCGAUCAGCAAGGGCACCAAGCACAACGUGAACAUCGUCGUCAUACUGCUCAAGAAUUUCUGGGACCAGAGUUUUCCCUCAACUUGUAAGAAGUGA